UAAUUAUGAUUCAUUCGUUUCUUUGAUGCUGUUAAUUUUUAUUUUGUUUAUGCACGUGUUGUAUAAUUGUAAAACACAAUGUUGAAAAAACGUAGUAGAAAUCUAAGCCAUCAUGUACAUUUAAGCUGAUACGAAGAACAUGCGUAAAUUGGUUUACUUCUAAUUAUUGAUAAUGAGAUGAAAUACGAACUUUACAUUUUUUUAUCCAGUCAUCGUUUAGAUUUAUCCUUUGUUCUAUUGGUUCUGAAAGAAUUUCGAUCUCUAUUAGUUUUCGACUCCGAUAGAAAAUGUGUUUCUUGCCGGUUUAAGUGUCUAAUAUUUAUAAUUCACCUGAUUUAAGAUAAUCUUCAUAUGACAAAAAGAAACCUCAAUCACAACAUGUGUCCACAACGUGAUCUUGGAGGUGUGGUGGGACAUAACCUAAGUGUCUUUUGUCAGUAACAGCUCAUUGCUCUCUGUACCUUCUUUUAACGCACUGCUUGCUAAAAAGCUUAUUUAUAUUUAUUUUGUCAAAACACAUUGCUAAACUUUAGUUAAUAAAUAUUAUUUUCUCACCUAAUCCGUCUUUUAUUUGGGUAUUAUCUUACUUCGGAUAAAUAAAGCAAAAAUCUUCAAAACUUUUGCUUAAUUAAUCCAUUUCUAUAUGUUCUCUUUUUCUUAUAACAACCCGUUUCUAUGUUGACAAAUUCUUUCAUAUUUUCCAUGAAUAUCCAUUUUUUGCAGAUAUUAGUCAUUUUCUACCAAACAGCCCUUUCCGCAUGUCAUCUAUUUUUCAACAGAGCAAUAGAUUUUCUUAGAUCUGGAUUUUACUGUGUGCAGUCAGUGUUAUUAAUGCGGUGCCUAAUAUAUCAAUUAUUAUAGUAGUAUUAAUUAUUAAAUUAAAAUGCUAUUUACAAACUAUACACAAAACAGAAAGUACUAUUAGAUAUUAGAAUUUAGUAGUACAGGGAAGUAUCUUAAGAUUAUACAAAACCAAAUAUUCUUAGAACAUAGUCACUACACUCUCUUUUUCUUGAUCGUAGUUUUAGAAGAACAAAAACUGUUUCAUAGAGAAAUAUGUUUUACACUCCAAUGUAUAACAUUUUCUUUUCGAUGUUAGAAAUCAAAAAUAGAUCAGGUAUUGCCAGCUCUUGUUUUAAAAAUGGUUAAAUUUGAAAAACUUAUAGAGAGUUUUUGCUAAAUGAACAAGUACAGAAAAUGUUACAAAAAAUAAAAAGAAUAAGUACAGAAAAUACAUUAGAAUAACACAAAAAAAUUUUAUUACAAAAAUGGUACAUAAGAAAGAAGAUAAUCAAAAUAUUCUUCGUUAAAAAAAAAUAAAUAUAUAAAUUAUAGGAUUAAUUAGUUAAGAAUUAGGAUUAGAAUUUUUAGGGACGAAGAUUUAAGAUUUAAGGAGAGAUAAGAGUUUAGAGUUUAGAAUUUAGUAUUUAGAACUUAAAAUUUAAAAUAAAUUUUAAUUAAAUAUUUAUAUUUUAAAAAAAAUAUUUAUAUUAAAUGUAGUUCGAUUUUUUACUCUUAAUAAAGACUAUUAUGAUCAUUUUCUUUUUUUGGUCAAAAUGAUCAUUUUCUUUUGUAUGUGCUGUUUUGUGAUAAUUUUUUUUUGUUUGUUUCUUUUGAAAAUUGCCAAUAAGUAUAAACACUCUUAAAUAAUAAUUGGAAAAGAUGAAAACUGGUAAAGAAAUUUUAAGAUUUUUUACCCCACAACAAAUUUAGAAACUUUAGGUUUAAUUCUUUGGUCUUGAAACAUCAACUGUAGCUAAUCAUCCUCAACUUCGGACAAUAGUAUAAAUCCACAUUAGUGUUAGGUAUUAAACCAACACCAAACCUAAUUAAAUACUCGAAAAUGUCUAACCACUUUACAAAAGUGUAUAAAAGAAAUUAAAAUUAUUUAUUUUGGACACUUUCUAAGAUUUUUUUAUUUUCAAAGAUCUUUUUAGUCCGACAAGAGAGUGUGAGCUUCACUCUUCUCCCAUGUCUGAGAUUUCAUCUGAUCUCAACUUCUUUCUCACAUCUCCAUUAACAAAACCAAUCAAAACCCAUUUCGAUUCACCACUCACUUUCAUCAAAUCAAGAUCCUUUCUUCUCAAAUCCCUUCUUUCGAUGAAUCUCUCAGCUUCCAGUUUCUUGAUUCUUCUUUCCUUCUUCUUCAUCUUACCGAAUCUCUCCUCCUCGAAGCCAGUGAACUGCACCGACACUUCCCGUCUCUGUACUUCCUUCCUCGCUUUCAAACCGAACCAAAACCAAACCUUCUCCAUAAUCCAAAGCAUGUUCGACGCAUUACCAUCAGACAUAACCGCAGAUUCUACCGGAGAAGACGAGGGAGGAGGUUACAUCUACGUCAAGAAGAACUGCUCUUGUCUCACCACGACUCCUCAUCAGUACGCAACGAACACGACAUUCACAAUCAGACAGAACCGUGGCUACGUCUACGAUGCUGUCGUCUCUGCUUACUCUGGUCUCGCGUUCCCACCGAACACUACUAGAGCAUCUAGUGCCGGCGCGGUUGUCUCUGUGCAGCUUCUAUGUGGCUGCUCGAGUGGUCUCUGGAACUACCUUAUGAGCUACGUGACGGUCUCUGGAGACAGUGUUCAAUCUCUCUCGAGCCGGUUCGGUGUUAGUAUGGAUCGAAUCGAGCAGGUUAACGGAAUCUUGAAUCCUGAUAAUGUCACAACCGGAGAUCUCAUUUUCAUCCCUCUUGAUUCUGUGCCUGGAGUGCCUUAUGAGGCAAGGAAGAUAAACCCCCCUGCUCCUUCUCCUUCUCCUGUUUUAACCAAUAGCAACAUCUCAGCUGCUGACCAGGUGAAUCACACUUCAAAGGGAGGUCAUGUCCCUUAUAUAUGGAUUGUUGGUGGUCUUACAGUUGUGCUUGCGCUUCUUGUGAUGUGUAUACUUGUGUGUAUCUGUUUGAGAUCAUCUAGUUGCGGAUCGAGUGAUGAAGAUGGUAAUGAACACAACUUCCAAAUCCUUAGAAAGUCCAGUUUCUUCUGCGGGUCUAGUCGGUAUAACUGCUGCGGAUCCAGGGAUUUUAGACCGACAAACGGUGAAGAAACUCAGAGCCAUCAUCAAGCUGUUGCAAUUCCUAAAGCUCUUGGUGAUGGAGUGUUUGAGAUAGAGAAGCCUAUGGUGUUUACAUAUGAAGAAAUCUGUGCGGCUACAGAUGGAUUCUCUGAUUCUAAUCUUCUUGGUCAUGGAAAUUAUGGUUCAGUAUACUUUGGUCUACUUAGAGAACAGGAAGUUGCUGUGAAAAGGAUGACAGCUACAAAAACUAAAGAGUUUGCAGCAGAGAUGAAAGUUCUUUGCAAAGUUCAUCAUUCAAACCUGGUAGAGCUGAUUGGUUAUGCUGCAACCAAUGACGAGCUUUUCGUAGUGUAUGAGUAUGUGCAAAAGGGAAUGCUGAAAAACCACUUGCAUGAUCCUCAGAGCAAAGGUAAUACCCCACUGUCUUGGAUAAUGAGGAAUCAGAUUGCACUUGACGCAGCAAGAGGCUUGGAAUACAUUCAUGAACAUACUAAAACUCAUUAUGUUCAUAGAGAUAUCAAGACGAGCAAUAUUUUACUCGAUGAGGCGUUCAGGGCUAAGAUAUCAGAUUUUGGACUUGCAAAACUUGUCGAGCAAACUGGAGAGGGUGAAAUUUCUGUUACUAAAGUUGUUGGUACAUAUGGUUAUCUUGCACCAGAAUAUCUAAGUGAUGGUCGUGCCACCUCGAAAAGUGAUGUUUAUGCCUUUGGUGUUGUUCUUUUUGAGAUUAUUUCUGGAAGAGAAGCUGUUAUUAGAACAGAGGCAAUGGGAACUAAGAAUCCAGAAAGACGUCCAUUGGCAUCUAUUAUGUUAGCGGCGCUUAAGAACUCACCGGACUCCAUGAACAUGUUGAGUUUGAAGGAGUUUGUCGAUCCCAACAUGAUGGAUUUAUACCCACACGAUUGUUUGUUUAAGAUUGCAAUGCUGGCAAAGCAAUGCGUGGAUGAUGAUCCUAUAGAUGAGAGUUUUUAUCAAGAACUUUUAAUUACUCUUUUUCUUUAUUUAAAUUCUAAAUAUCAUGUGAGAAUCUACAAAUAUGAGAAAUUCUUGGGUUCACCCCCUAGGGUGAACCUCUAGAUUCACCAACCAAUA